AUGACUGGCUCCAAUGAUUUCCUAGACCUGACAGCUGGCCGCAGAGCACACACGUGCUCGCAGCCUGUCGAUGCCAUCGAAUCGCAGCCGGACUGCAAGGUCAGGAUGAAAGGCGACGGCCGGCACUUGAGCAAAAAGCGACAACAUCAGUGGAAAAGAAGCCGAAAACGAAUGUUACCCUUGGCCUUGAGGCUUGUGCGACUGUCGACCUUAUUGCAGCUGAGCCGCUGUAGCGGUUACGAGAAGACAGAGGACACCUCAGAGAAGACCUCUUUAGCUGACCAAGAGGAUGCUCGACUAAUAUUCAUCAAUCAGCCACAAUUCACCAAGUUUUGCACCAAUCGCGUUAGCACUGCAAAGUACAAUGUGCUCACGUUCCUGCCGAGAUUCCUCUAUUCUCAGUUCAGGAGAGCCGCCAACUCCUUCUUUCUCUUCAUCGCUCUGCUGCAGCAAAUUCCAGAUGUUUCUCCCACUGGCAGAUGGACCACUCUGGUGCCCUUGCUCUUCAUCCUGGUUGUUGCAGCGGUGAAGGAGAUCAUUGAAGAUUUGAAACGUCAUAAUGCUGACAGCGUUGUCAACAAGAAAGAAACCCAAGUUCUGAGAAAUGGUGCCUGGGAGAUUGUGCACUGGGAGAAGGUGGCAGUAGGGGAGGUAGUCAGAGCCGCCAACGGGGAUCACCUCCCGGCCGACCUCGUCAUUCUGUCGUCCAGUGAACCUCAAGGGAUGUGUUACAUCGAGACGUCCAAUCUUGACGGAGAAACAAACCUUAAAAUCAGACAGGCACUCCAGACCACAUCAGAAAUAAAGGACAUUGACAGUCUCAUGCGUCUUUCUGGGCGUAUGGAAUGUGAAAACCCUAACAGGCAUUUGUAUGAGUUUGUGGGGAACAUUCGUCUGGACGGACACAGUACGGUUCCUCUGGGACCAGACCAGAUCUUGCUUAGAGGGGCCCAGCUGAGAAACACACAGUGGGUGCAUGGCAUUGUGGUCUACACGGGACAUGAUACCAAACUAAUGCAGAACUCUACCAGGCCCCCUCUGAAGCUGUCUAACGUCGAGCGCAUCACCAACUUUCAGAUCCUGGUGCUGUUUGGCUGCCUGCUGGCCAUAUCUUUAUUCUGCUCCGUCGGUCAGAGCAUCUGGAAAUACCAGUACGGCAAUGACGCCUGGUACAUGGACCUGAACUAUGGCGGAGCAGCCAACUUUGGCUUGAACUUCCUCACCUUCAUCAUCCUCUUCAACAAUUUGAUUCCCAUCAGUCUACUGGUGACUCUUGAGGUCAUCAAGUUCGUCCAGGCAUUCUUCAUCAACUGGGACACUGAUAUGCUGUAUGAGGCCACCAACACACCAGCUAUGGCUCGAACCUCCAACCUGAACGAAGAGCUCGGUCAGGUGAAGUACAUCUUCUCGGACAAAACGGGGACUUUGACCUGUAACGUCAUGCAGUUUAAGAAAUGCACCAUCGCUGGCGUGGCCUAUGGUCAUACUCCUGAACCUGAGGAUGGUAGUUUUGCAGAGGAGGACUGGCACAGUUCUCAGUCGUCAGAGGAGGCAGGAUUUAAUGACCCAAGUUUACUGGAAAACCUCCAAAGUAAUCACCCCACUGCUCCGGUCAUUAUGGAAUUCAUGACCAUGAUGGCCAUAUGUCACACUGCUGUCCCUGAACGAACCGACGACAAGAUCAUAUACCAAGCUGCCUCACCCGAUGAAGGUGCACUGGUGAGAGCGGCGCGAAAUCUAGGCUUCGUGUUUUCGGGGAGGACACCAGACUGUGUCAUCGUGGAGUCACUUGGACAGGAGGAGAAGUAUGAACUGCUUCAUGUGUUGGAGUUCACAAGCACCAGAAAGCGGAUGUCAGUCAUCAUGCGCACGCCAUCCGGCAGGAUCCGCCUCUAUUGCAAAGGAGCUGACACAGUCAUCUACGAGCGUCUGGCAGACAGCUCCAGAUAUAAGGAGAUCACGCUGAAGCAUUUGGAACAGUUUGCUACAGAGGGGCUGCGUACUCUGUGUUUUGCAGUAGCAGACAUCUCAGAGUCCUUGUACCAGCAGUGGCAGGAAGUGUACCAGCGUGCGUCCACCUCUCUGCAGAACAGAGCUCUGAAACUGGAAGAGAGCUAUGAGCUUAUUGAAAAGAACUUGCAGCUGCUUGGAGCCACAGCUAUUGAAGACAAGCUCCAGGACAAGGUGCCAGAGACCAUAGAAACACUAAUGAAGGCCGACAUCAAGAUCUGGAUCCUCACGGGAGACAAACAGGAGACAGCUAUUAACAUAGGACAUUCCUGUAAAUUGCUUACAAAGAACAUGGGCCUGCUGGUAAUCAAUGAAGAAAGUCUUGAUGGCACCAGGGAGACUCUAAGCCACCACUGUGGCAUGCUGGGAGAUGCUCUUCAUAAGGAGAAUGACUUUGCCCUCAUAAUUGAUGGAAAGACGCUUAAAUACGCUCUCACCUUUGGGGCACGGCAGUACUUUCUGGACCUGGCUCUGUCCUGCAAGGCUGUGAUUUGCUGCAGGGUUUCCCCGCUGCAGAAGUCAGAAGUGGUGGAAAUGGUGAAGAAGCAGGUGCGAGUGAUAACGCUGGCCAUCGGGGAUGGUGCCAACGACGUGGGCAUGAUCCAGACGGCACACGUGGGCGUCGGCAUCUCCGGCAACGAGGGUCUCCAGGCUGCUAACUCCUCGGACUACUCCAUCGCGCAGUUCAAGUACUUGAAGAAUCUGUUACUGGUCCACGGUGCAUGGAAUUACAACCGUGUUGCCAAGUGCAUUCUCUACUGUUUCUAUAAGAACAUUGUCCUGUAUAUCAUAGAGAUUUGGUUUGCUUUUGUGAACGGCUUUUCUGGCCAGAUUCUGUUUGAGCGUUGGUGCAUCGGUCUUUACAAUGUGAUCUUCACAGCUCUGCCCCCUUUGACUCUGGGAAUUUUUGAGCGGUCUUGCAGGAAAGAAAAUAUGCUGAAGUACCCUGAACUCUAUAAGACAUCCCAGAAUGCAAUGGGUUUCAACACCAAGGUCUUCUGGGCCCAUUGUCUGAAUGGCCUGUUUCACUCCGUCAUCCUCUUCUGGUUCCCUCUCAAAGCCUUCCAGCACGAUACGGUCUUUGGGAACGGAAAGACUCCAGACUAUCUGCUCCUAGGGAACAUGGUUUAUACAUUUGUGGUAAUCACCGUGUGCCUGAAGGCUGGGCUGGAGACCUCAUCGUGGACCAUGUUUAGUCACAUCGCCAUCUGGGGCAGCAUUGGAUUAUGGGUAGUGUUCUUCGGCAUCUAUUCCUCACUCUGGCCCCUUGUUCCACUGGCUCCAGACAUGUCAGGAGAGGCGGAUAUGAUGUUCAGCUCUGGAGUGUUCUGGAUGGGUCUUUUCUUUAUCCCUGUCACAUCUCUGGUCUUCGACGUGGCCUAUAAAGUGAUGAGGAAGGUCUGCUUUAAGACUUUGGUGGAUGAGGUUCAGGAGCUGGAAGCCUUGUCCAAAGACCCAGGCGCUGUGGUUCAUGGAAAGAGUUUGACGGAGAGGGCUCAGCUCCUGAAGAACGUCUUCAAGAAGAGCACAGUCAGCCUGUACCGCUCCGACUCCAUGCAGCAGAACCUACUCCAUGGUUACGCUUUCUCCCAGGAUGAGAAUGGAGUGCUGUCCCAGUCUGAGGUCAUCCGGGCCUAUGACACCACCAAGCAGCGGACCAAUGAGUGGUGA